AUGAGCGGGGCCGGGGCCGGGGCGGACCGGCCGUCCCCGGCCAAGCUCCGCCGCCUGGACGAGCCCAGCGGGACGGGGCCUGCCGCCGCCGUUACCCGCGGAGAGAGGGCCCGUUCCCCCACCCCCGUCGGAGGUCGUGGUGAGGGCCGCAGCGCGCGCGCGCGGGGUGACGGGUCCGGGCAUGCGCGGGGCGGGGACGCGCGCGCGCCCCCUGGCGGCGGCCCCGGGAGCGCGGCUGUGACCGGGGAGGGGCUGGAGACCCCCGGGGGGGGCACGGGGGGGGGCGAGACCACCGGACAGGCCGUGGCCAGCCGGGAGAGCACCGGACAGGCCGUGGCCAGCCGGGAGAGCACCGGAGAGGUCACAGAGGACCUGGAGACCACCGGAGGGACAGCAGGGAGCUUGGAGACCCCCAACGGGCCCGACGGGAGCCUGGAGAACAGCAAGAGAUGCAAAGGGAGCCUGGAGACAACAAGAACUGACUGCUUGGAGCAGGAAAAAGAGGGUUUGGAGAGCGCCAGAGAGGUCACGGAGGGGAUGGAGACCGCGGGGGACCUGGGAGUUGCUGUCACCCACCCCUUGGAGCGGAGCAGGGGUGUCCUGGAGACUCCUGCGGAAUCCAGGGGAAACCUGGAGACCACCAGAGAGGCCACGGGCAGCGCUGGGACCACCAACGGGCGCAAAGGGAGUCUGGAGACAGCCGUCAUUCGCUGCUUGGAGCAAGGGAGAAGGAGCAAGGAGGGCCGGGCCAGCACCACCAAGGUCCUGGGCAACGUGGAGAGCGAUGCUUCUGCCGCCGGGGAGCUGAAAAGCACCAGCAGGCGCAAGGCAAAGACCCCUGCGAGGCCCAGGGGGAGCGUAGAGACCAGUCCCCGGUGCCUGGAGUGGGAGAGAAGCGGGAGGGGGGCCCUGGAGGCCGGCAGGGAGGUCCUGGAGGACACAGGGAGCCUGGAGACCACCGUCACUGGCCACGAAAAGCGGGACAGAGAGCAGAAAGGGGGAGUGGAGCCCACCACGGAGCCCCAAGAGGGCCUGGAGCCCACCCCCACAGCUUGUGUGGGGCAGAGCCGGGGCGGCCCCGGGCUCCCGGAUCUCCUGGGGGUCCCAGAGCCCGCGGGGGUCCCGGUCCCCAAGGAGCACGUGGCCGAGGAGAGCGCGGUGAUCUCCCUGGACGAGGACGAGGAGGAGGAGGAGGAGCGGGACGAAGGCCCGGCGCGGUACCUGGCGGCGCUGGAGGCCGUGCAGCUGGAGCUGGAGGCUGUGGAGGAGGAGGCGGCUCGAGCCUUUCGCCGCCUCCGCGCCCGCUUCUGCCUCCGCCGCCGGCCGCACCUGCAGCACCGCAACCGCCUCAUCCAGCACAUCCCCGGCUUCUGGGUCACCGCCUUCCUGAACCACCCGCAGCUCUCGGCCAUGAUCAGCGACCGCGACGAGGACGCGCUGAGCUACAUGACGAGUCUGCAGGUGGAGGAGUUCGGCCAGAGCCGCCCCGGGUGCCGCAUCCGCUUCUUCUUCAGCGUCAACCCCUAUUUCCAGAACGACGUCGUGGCCAAGGAGUUCGUGCGCAGCCCCUCGGGUCACCUCGUGUCCCACUCGACCCCGAUCCGGUGGUGGCAGGGCCAGGACCCCCGGUCCCGCUCCCACAAGGGCCCCCCAGCCCCCCGCAGCUUCUUCGCGUGGUUUGGGGACCACAGCUUCCCUGCGGGGGACCGUGUGGCCGAGAUCAUCAAGGAGGAGCUUUGGCCCAACCCGCUCCAGUUCUACCUGCUGGGGGAGGGCGCCGAGGGACCCCCUGACAGCGAGAGCGGCGAGGACUGCGUGGUGAUCCUGGAUGACGACGAGGACGUGCAGGAGAUCCCGGAUGACGGCGAUGGCAGUGGCGUGGAAGAGGUCCCGACUGAGGAGCCCCCCAACCCCCCCGUGGGACAGAAGGAUCCCAACAGGGGCAGAAUCUAAUUGGGGGGGGGGGGGAUUUGGGGGUGCUGCACAUCUCCACCCCCCCACUCCCCCCCUCAGCAUUGCGGGUAACGAGGGGCUGGGGGCCCCCAACACAGCUCAGGGUGUUUGAAGGCCUUUCACCCCCCCCUUCCCCCCCAAACCUUUCAGGAGCCCCCCCUCCAGGGACCUGGGGGGUGGGGGGGGUCCCCCCUAAAUCCUUUCCCCCCCCCACACCACACACAAGGGGAGAAACACAACCAUUUCCUGACCAUUUUUGUACAUGUUGGGUUAAAAAACUUGUAAAAUUUCCUUUUUAUAUCUAAAAAUAUAUUAUAAUAAAGAGAAAGUUUUAAGAGA